ACGUCUGGUCCCAAUGGGCAAGCUUUCUUCCGCGAUAGAAAUUCCCGACGGUGGACGUCGCACCCACAAAGAAAAUGGCCGCUAUUCACAGGAAAACGACAGAUACCGUGACCGUCGUCAUCGUCGUAGUAGCAGUUUCAACAGAAGAGCGAGCGGCGGUCGAAGUUUCAGCCGAAGCCGUAGUCGCAGUCCCAGUUUCCACCGGAGUCGGAGUCGUAGUCGCAGCCCAGCCAACGGCUACAUAAGGUACGAUGACCGCUAUUCCAAUCAACGCCGUGAUAGGCGAUCUUAUUCCCCUGGUUACUCAAAUCCUAGAGGAAGCCCUAGAUACGAAGACUUUAAAUCCGAGCGUAAAUUGAACAAUUCUGAUCUCUACAAACCGUUCCUCGAUCGCGAUCAUAGAAAUGGUAAAAUUGUGGAGUCGGAAUCGGACGAAGAGUUGAGAGGCCUGAGCUUCGAAGAGUACCGGAGGCUUAAACGCCAGAAAUUGAGAAAGAUGCUUAAAAAUUGUAUAUGGAAUUGCACACCUAGUCCUCCUAGGUACGACAACGAGCGGGACGAACUAAAACCAGAUGAAAUUGCUGAACAAAAAGAAAAAAGUGACUCCAGUGAACAAGAGAAAGAAAGAGCUGCAAAAUUGAAAGCGAAAUCGAAAAACUCCACUGGUCGCUUGUCCGAUAAUGACUCUGAGGAGGAUGUUUCAGAAUCUGAAUCAGAUGAUUCGCGAUCGAGGAAAAAGAGGAAGAGCAAGAAAUCGAGUUCUAGGGGUAGAAGUAGGAAAUUUGUAUCUGAAAGUGAGAGUGAAUCAGAUGAGUCGGGUGCUGUUGACUCUGAACAAGAAGUUAGGAGGAGCCGAAAGAGGAAGUCCAAGAGACGGCCAAGCAGGCGAAGCAAGAGCAACAGGAGUAGCGGUAAGAGAAAAAGUAGUAGUAGUAGUAGAAGGAAGGGUAGGGAUAGUUAUUCGGAUGAAAGUGAAAGUGAACAGAGUGAAACUGAGGUUUCUGAUGCUAGUCAAUUAUCCGAGGAUGGUGUAAGAUCAAAGAAGCUGAAACGCUCAUCCUCUUCGCUGUCAAAGCGCAGCAAGAGCAAGAGUGAUUUGAAUGAGAGUUCCGAUGGUGAAGUAGAUGCAAAAAGUAAGGAGAAUGAUGAUGAGGUGAAGACCAAUGAAUUUGACAGCGAGCUCUUUAUGUUUAAAGAGAUGAUUGAGUCGCGGAAGAAAGCUACUAUGGAUAAUGAACCGAUGGUUGGGCCAGUGCCAUUGCCGAGGGCUGAAGGACAUAUUAGCUAUGGUGGGGCACUUAGGCCUGGUGAAGGUGAUGCCAUUGCUCAGUAUGUUCAGCAAGGGAAGCGUAUUCCACGUAGAGGUGAAGUGGGUCUUUCAGCUGAUGAGAUUUCGAAGUUUGAGAGCCUUGGGUAUGUAAUGAGUGGUAGUAGGCAUCAGAGGAUGAAUGCUAUUCGUAUCAGAAAGGAAAACCAGGUUUACAGUGCCGAGGACAAGCGAGCUUUGGCAAUGUUCAACUAUGAGGAGAAAGCAAAGCGUGAGCAGAAGGUUAUGGCUGAUUUGCAGCGUUUGGUGCAACGCCACAUCGGGAAUGAUGCUGGCCCUUCUCAUGAUCCGUUCGGUGGGGGGGAGAGUGUUGAUGCUUGAUCUUCAU